GACCCUUAACAGAGGACUGCUUAAUAGCGGUUUGACUGUACUACUGUUAUCUGCGGUUAGUAAUAGAGAGAUUAAGCAGUUUUAACAGACGCCUACUGAAUAUGAUUCAGGAAUAAGUAUUUCUGUUUUAAAACAGUUGUUUAGCAAUUCUCCUGCACACAAAUAUCUUAAAAUGUAGGCAAGGUUUCUUCACACUGUUUGGUUUUGUGUUGUUGGUAUUCAACUCGCGAUAUGCUUCACUCUUUUUGUGUUUAAGGCAUGGCAGUGGGAGAUAUCGAGGUCCGUCUUGGUAAAUUGUUCACUGACAAGAUCAAACAUCCAGAACGCGAAACAGCGCAGAUAAUUGGUGCUGACAGGAUUAUAAUUCAUCACCAGUACUCCACAAACGUAGACGAUUACGACUCAGAUAUUGCCCUGAUUUACCUCAGCAGGGACGCUGUUUUCACUGAUUACGUCAGACCAAUCUGCCUGCCUCUGCGUAAAACUGACGAAGAUAAAUUUUUGUUGAAGCCAGGAAAUGACAUGGUGAUUACAGGCUGGGGCGUUAAAAAAGAGCGAGGUAGAACCCUUAAGAGACUCCACCAAGUUACUGUACCCAUUGUGGAGCAAACGUUGUGCAAGAAAGCGCACCGUAGAUAUCCUGUCACGAGCAAUAUGUUCUGCGCUGGUUAUCAUGACGGGUCACGUGGUGAUGCUUGCCAAGGAGACUCGGGAGGACCGCUGGCCAUGGAUAACAGCCGUACAGUUAGCGAUGAUGAUCAACGCUGGGUGCUCGCGGGCGUCGUGUCUUGGGGGGAUGGUUGUGGAAGAAUUGGAAAAUAUGGCGUGUACACCAAGGUGUCAGCUUUUGCUCGGUGGAUAAAUGAUCAGAUAAAUUCGGAUUAAAAAUCACGUAGUCGUUCUUGGAUCAAGACAUGAAUUAAUGUUAGUCAUUAAAAGGCAAUUUUAUUGUUGUUUUGUAGUUUUGGUUUGUAAAGUAGCUCUCCCUCUCAAAAAAAAUCAAGACAUGAUUUAAUGUUAGUCAUUGUAAGACAAUUUAAUUGUUGUUUGUAGUUUUGGUUUGUAAAGUAACUCUCCAAAUAGUUUAAAUAAACGUAAAGUAGAAUGAAAACAA